UUGCAUGUCUCAUUCGAAUUUUAGAAACCCAAUGGGUCGGUUGGAAUUAGAUUUUAAAUUCUGAGUAUUUAUCUUUUACGUCGAUAUUUUGGUCAAAAAAAUUGUACGAUUCCCUAGGAGUCAAAUUCACCGGAAUAGAAGUGGCGGAUAUUUGUCCUAAAAUAAGGCGUUGGUUGAUAUCGUGCAUAUAUUCGUUUCACUUUCGGGAAGGACCUUUCCGCAGGAACAGAAACCUUCUAAAGACUUAGGAAGAAGGCAUUUAUAAGUAGUCAAUAUGCUGCGGGAAGAGUAUCCAUGCUGCAUGCCAAUAGAUGCAUGCCCGCCACCAGUUCCGCCGAGUGCACCGCUCACGUAUUCUCACAAGGAAUUGGAGGUGAUGCCGAAAUGUGAGCCACUAUACCCUCCUUAUCGUGAACGGUGUGUAACUGUCCAACUUCCGCCUAAGCUUAUAAUGAGAAGAAAAACUGUUUAUACCAAAAAGCUAUUGCAGUAUCCAAGAAUUAUUAAGAAGGAGACGUCAAUCCAGGUUCCCACCAUCACUGAGACUGAAAAGGUUGUAAAAGUGCCAGUGGUUACAUGGGCCUUGAAAGUCAUAAAAGUGCCGAAAGUGUACUGGUAUCCCUCAUAUGUUCCAUAUCCCCAGAUAAUAUGCAUUCCAAGAGUUACAGUCGAGCCAAAGGAAAUAUGCCAGACUAUGCUAUGCCAACCCAAGCCCCAGAUCAUCGACAUUCCGCCACCAGAGAAAUUCUGUUGCUAUGAAACUGGUCCUCAGACCUUACGUUGUGCACAGCCUUGUCCACCGGUACCGCCACCACCAUGCCCGCCGUAUCCGCCGUGUAAGGAAAGUGUCCUAGUUGGAUUUGGCAGGCAAUGAAGACAUGGCGUCGUUAUUGGAGUGUACUCCGGUAGUUUCAUGAAAAUUUUAAGCGUUUUCAGAA